GCAGUAUUUCGCAACACUGUCUGCGUAGAAGCAGCAGAUGCAACCAAGCCAUGGGAAAUGUGAACAAAUUAUAACGUUUAUAUUAUAAGUACAAAACAUUAGAAACAAUUAUUUUAUAUCGAUAAGCAGAACGUGCAGUUGUCGUAGCGAACCUUAAGCACUUCACACAGUCUCGGAGACAACAACCACCGCAACAACAACUAAAGGAACAGCAACAACAACUGCAAAAACUAUAACUAUAGAGAAUUAUAACGUGCGAGCGAGAGAGCGCACACAUAGAUAUGUCACACACCAUUUUACUAGUGCAACCGGGUGCGCGUCCAGAAACGCGCACAUAUUGCGAUUAUGAGAGCGUCAACGAGUGCAUGGAGGGCGUCUGCAAGAUCUACGAGGAGCAUCUGAAGCGGCGCAACCCGAACACGCCCACCAUCACGUACGACAUCAGCCAGCUGUUCGACUUCAUCGAUACGUUAAUCGACAUUAGUUGCCUGGUCUAUCAGAAGAGCACCAACACCUACGCACCCUACAACAAGGACUGGAUAAAGGAGAAGAUCUAUGUGUUGCUGCGCCAGGCGGCGUUCAGUCCGAACGCCUAAGAGCAUCGCUGCAGAAUAGCAAAAAAAAUAAGAAAAAACAACCAAAAAUAAUAACAACUGCGCUAACAAAUUAUCGAAUUAAACGAAGAGAGAAUAGAGAAAACAAAUAAAAUUAAGUUGUAUCGAGCCAAUUUCAUUGUAAAAAACAAACAAAAAUGUAAUAAUAAUUAUGCUAGCAGCCGUGCGAUCACGUUUCCGUUCAAGCGGAUAUUCAAUUCUAAUUGCAAUCUUACCUGAGCCCAGGCAGCGACUGUAUUGUUUCUACUACUAUAUUUUUGUUUUUUUUUUUUUAGCCCCAACCUUCCCAAGGCAACUGCUGCCAAAUGAGAAACCGAAAUUCUUUUGUAUUUAACAUUAAUAUAGCUGUAUGUAUAUAUAUAUACACAAACUCUAA